GAUGCGAAACACAUGGAAUGAGAUCUGAUAAUAGAACGACGUUUCCACAACUAACGGCAGCUUUAAGAACUGAUGAGUCUUUUAGAGCUGGUUCUGAUGAACAUCAUCAUAAUUCCAUUAGCCCUCUUGAAGAAAUCGAUAAUUUAGACAUGGUGUUUGACAUACCGUUGGAUUAUCUUCACCUGGUUUGUUUUGGAGCCAUGAAACGCCUUCUGAAAAUGAUUUGGUUGGAACAACACCCCGAUUGCCUGAGUAAGCAACAACAACGAUUGAUAAAUGAAUUAAUCAGAUUAUGUGCCAUGCAACUACCAAAGGAAUUCAAUCGAAAAGGUCGAUCGCUUGAGGAUAUAAGUAACUGGAAAGCCACAGAAUUUAGGACGUUUCUUCUCUACACUGGUAUAUAUAUUUUAAGAAACAUCCUCCCUUGUCAUCAGUACAAACACUUUAUUUAUUUCCAUGUUGCUAUUCGAAUACUUUGCAAUCCGAAAUCUACGGUAGACCAUAUAAAAUAUGCCGAUCAAGUCCUGAGACAUUUUGUGACGAACUUUUCAGCUUUAUAUGGUGAUUUUCAUAUUGUUUACAAUAUCCACUCUUUGAUCCAUUUGGCAGGAGACGUUCUUAUUCAUGGCGCGUUAGAUACAUUUAGUUGUUUUGGAUUUGAAAACUAUUUAGGAAAACUCAAAAGGCUUCUUAGAAAUUCAAGACUUCCUCUCAAGCAAAUUGUGCGAAGGUUAUCAGAAAUCGAUGCUACGCAAAGUGCGAUGAAGAGAACUGGAUUAAAUGAGCGUUGCGGAAAAUCGAAAUCAUAUGAUACAUUCGCUACUAUCAUUCCACAGUCUAAAAAUGAUUCCUAUAUUAUCGUUCCAAGGGCUAGGCAUCCAAUAGUUAUUAAAGUUACAGCUAUGGAUUCAUUAUAUGUUACAGGUUACGCUCUUAGAAUAGAAAAAAGGCGUGAUGGUAACUUUGAAGAGUUCUACUCGCACCCAGCUAAAGCAUCUGAAUUAAAUGUAUAUAAAGUGCGCGGCUUAAUAAGGCAGAAAAAAUGGAAUAAAAAUGAAAUUAAGAAUGCUAUAAAAGCUGUUUUUCUAAGAAAUAAUGUUAUGCGCGAUUAUGGUUUAGUGAUUCCACUACUACAUUUGUCAUCACAGUAA